AUGGCCCCUACAAACACUCUUCCCGCCUGGGCCGAGCUCGAGGCUCACCACAACAAGGUCGGCAAGACCUUCGUUCUCAAGGAUGCUUUCAAGGCCGACCAAAGCCGCUUCCAGAACUUUUCGACCAAGUUCACCCUCCCUGCCGACAUCUCGUCCGAGCCCAAUGGCACCGAGAUUCUGUUCGACUUCAGCAAGAACAUCGUCAACGAGGACACCUUGAGCCUGCUCAUCAAGCUCGCCCAGCAGGCCGGCGUUGAGCAGAAGCGGGAUGACAUGUUUGCUGGCAAGAAGAUCAACUUCACCGAGGACCGCGCCGUCUACCACGCUGCUCUGCGCAACGUUAGCAACGCCGAGAUGAAGGUCGAUGGCGUCGACGUCAUGAACACCGCCGGCGGCGUCAACGACGUGCUCAAGCACAUGCGCGAGUUUUCGGACCAGGUCCGCAGCGGCGAGUGGAAGGGAUACACGGGCAAGAAGCUUACCACCAUCAUCAACGUCGGUAUCGGCGGGUCUGAUCUCGGUCCCGUUAUGGUCACCGAGGCCCUGAAGCACUACGGCGCGAAGGACAUGACUCUUCACUUUGUGUCCAACAUCGACGGCACCCACAUCGCCGAGGCGCUCGCCAACUCGGACCCUGAGACAACCCUCUUCCUGAUCGCCUCCAAGACCUUCACCACCGCCGAGACGACCACCAACGCCAACACGGCCAAGACCUGGUUCCUCGAGAAGACUGGCGGCAAGGGGGACAUUGCCAAGCACUUUGUUGCCCUUUCUACCAACGAGGCCGAGGUGACCAAGUUCGGCAUCGACGCAAAGAACAUGUUUGGUUUUGAGAGCUGGGUCGGCGGCCGGUACUCGGUCUGGAGUGCCAUCGGCCUGAGCGUGGCCCUGUACAUCGGCUACGACAACUUCCACAAGUUCCUAGCCGGCGCCCACGCCAUGGAUAACCACUUCCGCGAGACCCCUCUCCGCCAGAACGUCCCCGCCCUCGCCGGUCUGCUCUCGGUCUGGUACUCCAACUUUUUCAGCGCCCAAACCCACCUCGUCGCCCCCUUCGACCAGUACCUGCACCGCUUCCCCGCCUACCUCCAACAGCUCUCGAUGGAAUCCAACGGCAAGACCGUCACAUCGGACGGCUCCCCGGCCAAGUACACGACGGGGCCGAUCCUGUUCGGCGAGCCCUGCACCAACGCGCAGCACUCCUUCUUCCAGCUGGUGCACCAAGGCACCAAGCUGAUCCCGACCGACUUCAUCCUGGCCGCGCGGUCGCACAACCCCGUGUCGGACAAUCUGCAUCAGAAGAUGCUCGCCUCCAACUACCUCGCCCAGGCCGAGGCCCUCAUGGUCGGCAAGACGGCCGACGAGGUGCGCGCCGAGGGCGGCGUGCCCGACCACCUGGUCCCGCACAAGGUCUUCCUCGGGAACCGCCCCACCACCAGCAUCCUCGUCGGCGGCGCCAUCGGCCCCGCCGAGCUCGGCGCCCUCAUCGUCUACUACGAGCACCUGACCUUCACUGAGGGCGCCGUGUGGGACAUCAACAGCUUCGACCAGUGGGGCGUCGAGCUGGGCAAGGUGCUCGCCAAGAAGAUCCUCAAGGAGAUUGACGAGCCCGGUGCCGGGCAGGGCCACGACGGGUCGACCGGCGGCCUGUUGGGCGCAUUCAAGGCGUAUGCCAACUUGUGA